AUGCUAAGAAUUAAACAUGCUAUCGCCUGUACAAAACGAAAACGAGUAGAUUCUUAUUUGUCCAAAGACAUUCAAAAUGAGUUUAUCAGCCUUUUGGGGCAAGAGGUGAAAAAAAACAUUCUGAACGACAUAAAAGAAGCUAAAUAUUUCGAAAUUAUUUUCGAUAGCACUCCAGACAUAUCACAUGUGGAUCAGAUGAGUAACGUGAUCAGAUAUGUUCAUAUUGAAGGCGAUCAAGUUGAAGUGAAGGAAUCAUUUUUAGGUUUCUUUCUUAUAGCUGGAAAGACUGCAGUCGAACUUCCUGAAAAUAUCCUUACGCAGCUGGAGAGUGAUAACUUGGACAUAAAGCUAUGUCGGGCCCACGGAUAUGAUAAUGCUGCAACCAUGGCAGGAGUUCUUGGUGGUGUAAAAGCAAAAAUCAAAGAACGUAAUCCUAAGGCGUUGUUUAUGCCUUGUGCUAACCAUUCACUAAAUCUGUGUGGAGUUCACUCUUUUGGAAGCAUUGAUUCAUGUGUAACUUUUUUCGGAAAUUCUAAUGACAAGUGUGGGCGUAUCAGUCAAAAGACUAGUGGAUACAAGAUGGAGUGCUCAUGA